CCUGUGACUUUGUAUUCUCUCAAUGCACCAAUAACGACUCCACGGCACAAACGGCUGCUGAGGGCAUGACUCAUAUACGGAUUGGAAUGUGGGCGAAUACGCCACCAAAUGACGUCGGAUCGGAUUCGAAACAACGUCAUAACUAUAUUUUGGACAUAGCGAUCUCUAUGACGUUGCUUUUGGACUUUCCACAACAACAACAACAGGUUCUUCCAGUGAUCUUAUAAGGUUAUGUCUCUAAGUACACCACCUUCACACUAGCAACUUCAGAACUGAGUUGGACCAGAUAAAUUUUCUUCAAGAGUACCAUUACUCUACUUAAAAUACUUGUUGAUAAAGGCCUUGUCUUGAUGCCUAUUUUGGCAAUCUCGGUCAAUUUUUACUAUACUAUUUCUGGGUGGACACUUUUAGUGUGGUUCAGCUAGUUGCAGCUCAAAUAGUAUUGAACUGUUAGACUUAUGUUGUAGUUUGUAUAGAUAGUUAUGAAUGUAAUGCAUAUUUAUGGUGAAGUAGCAGUGCAUGUACUGAAAUGACUGUACUGACAAUGUUUACAAAUGUCAUCGAUAUACUUGUAAUAAUAGACAAUGUACGAGGUUCUUUUGUUUCUAUACUACGGGAUCUGGAUGCCAUCGAUGCGGGAAGUGAGAUGGUUGUUUCUUUAACACCACAUGGAGCUACAAUAGCAUGGUCCUUUUGUCAAGCAAUUGUGGCAUUUCCUCAAUUUUUGCAUAUUACAAGGCAUAUGACUAGCUUGAGUUCACACUUGACUGCUGAUCAGGCACACUCUGUUACUGUACCUCGUUCGGAAUCUUCACAAAGGAACAAGCCUUUUCUGCAGUCGGUCUCAAGCACAUCUUCAGGAUUUCAAUGUGGACAUUCUUUAGGAGUUGCUCGCAAAUUUUCUUCGACUAAUUCUGCAGGCUUGUCAGAAAGCAACUGGUCUAGAGAACCAGAAGAACAGCUACAUCUUCAUCCAGCAUUGCAAUCUUGGCAAAGCUCUGAUUUAGGUUUAUCUGCUGUGGAUGGUGACUUUUCUAACAGAACCACAGCUCGACAAACAGUUAUUCUAAUUGAACAGUUUGCAUUUCAUCUGUUUUUUAUGGUGACACGCAUACCUUAUCAAGUACUGGGUGCUCAGUGUAACGAUUUGAAUCAUGAAUACAUGACAGAUGGGAUAUCAAAUCUCUCUGAAGUUGUAGCUCAGUAUAUUGACUCAUCUGCGGUCGACUUGAAGCUGUGGCCUUCUUCAGAAGUUGGUGGAGCUGCUAAUGCUUUAAAGUCCUCUUUUGAACAGAUCAGAAAGAAAGUUCAACGUAGUCUUGAGGAAGUAAGGUCAGGUUAUGUGCCAGCUAGUGUAGGGGGUGCAAGUUAUGGACAAAUUCAACGAGAAGCAGAUCAGUUUUCACGAGAUGUUCGAAGUCAUCUUCAACUAAGAGAACCACACAUUAUAUUCAUAUUUGAUUUUCAUCGAAAAGUUGCCGUUUUGAACUCUCGAUGGAGUGCAGGAUUUUACAAGUUUGGUGUUGGACUGAAUCCAAUGGAAGCACGAAUAUUUAGAAAUGAGGCACGAGAAUUUGUUGUAGUGACUAGGAGUGUUCCUAACAUUUUCACUCAACUUUAUUUGGAUGCCAUUCAGGCAGCUCGCUAUCACUGUUCUAGAUUUCAGUUAGGUCAAUACAAUGACUGCAAGGAGUUUGGAGUGCAGCUUACAUUUGUGCGAUUUCUUAGUGACCACAUGAAGUCGAAUUUGUCAGUCCCAAGUGAUGGGAACAUACAGUUUAUAGAGUUUCGUGUUCCACAGGAUGAGUUUUACAAAGGCAACUUGUUACAAAUGUAUGAGGCAGGCCUAUUGCGCAUUGAAGAUUUAUAUGAUGAAAACACGCCUUCACAAGAAAGAGCUGGAACAUUGCAGGAAGAUGGUGACCUUCAGAAGGCUUUGAAAUUGUCCUUGCAAGAGUCACGAUCAAGACAGCCUCAGAGUGCAGGUAGUCUAGAUUUAAAGCAAGAUAUGCAAAUCAGUUUGGUUGGUAGUGAUGGUUUUAAUGACCAUGAAAUUGAUCUGGCAAUUAGUAUGAGUCUAGCUGAAUCAAUGCAAACUGAGAAAGGAAAUGGUUCAGGUCAGUUGACAUUGAGUGAAGAAACACUGUCAUUUUCUGAUCAGAACAGUGGUGUACUAGAGACUGAAUUACAGAAACAAGAAAAUGGACAUCAGCUUGGCACUCCAUCUCAAAAGGAAUCAAUAAAUAGUUUGGUUGUUCAAGGUGAAGGAGAUUCUACUACUUCAAAACAAAAAGUUGCUUCAAAGCAGAAAUUACAAAGUAGGGAUAGCCCAAUGGCAAGCUCUCUGUCUUCUUCUGGGUACAUUCCACAGGAUCCUUGUUUGCAUUUAUAUUGUCAUGAAUUUACUGUUGAUGGCUUCAUUGAAGUAAGUUUUCUUCGCAUUGACGUUGUUGGUCGAGAUAAAGUUGGUAAGACAAGUCUGACACGGUCAUUGACUGGACAGCAUUACAUAAGUACUUUAUCAAGCACACAGGGUGUGAAAGCUAUGGAUAUUGCUGUUAGUCAUCUGCAAGACUGGAAAGUGUCCAAAGAAGGUGAAGACUUAACUCAACUAUGUAAUCAUUUCAUUGCUUCAAAUAUUGCUGAAAGAUUGAGGUCAGGACGAAAUCUAAAAGGUAAUCAUCUGUCAAUUAUCUCUAGUGAGAUUUCGAGUUCAAACGUGCAGGUGGAUUCGGUGAACAGUAACAAUCAAGAGACCCAAACAACGACAACAUUGAAACAGCUUGAGCCAACAACCAAAACAAGUGGCAGCAUUGAGACUCAAGAGACACAAGAGUGUGACUUUACGGAGGAAUUUGUGAAGAAAUUGCUAUCUAAAGUGAAGCCUGAAUCACCAGACGAAAUAUCUGAUGAAGUAAAACAAUUGAUAGGACAAUACCAUCGAGGAGAAUUAUCACUGAAAUGUCAAGACCGUCAAAUUCUUGUGUCAGUGUUUGAUUAUGGAGGUCAUACUGUGUACCAACCCAGCCAUGCUCCUUUUUUAGACGGAGAGGCACUGAAAUUAAUAGUAUUUGAUGCUUCUACUCGUCUUCAGGAUCCUUGCAAACAUUCAUCUUUUAUAUAUAAGGAAGUUUCUGAACUUUUUUGGGGCAUGCUUCACAUGACUAACUGGGAAGUUGUGGAAGAAUGGCUAUCCCAUGCUUUUAUAACUUCUCAAAGUAGUAGCAUGCCUGGUAUGUGCCUUGUUGGAACCCAUAAAGACCAAGCUCUAAAGGUUUCAGAUUGUUUGCUAAGUGAGCAGUCUGAGUAUGUGAGAAGGAUGUUAGAUGGAAAGCCAUAUAAAGACUACAUUCUUUGUCGUGAAAAUGGCAGGGAAUUUAUUUGUGUUGACAAUACACUGUCUGGUAAAGGCAAAGAAACAGAUUUGGAUGAAGGUGUUCGGGUAUUGAAGAAUGUUAUUGAGAAACGGGCUGUUGAUAGAACAGAAAAAGUACCAGUUCGAUGGUUUCAGCUUGCAAUGGUUAUUAGAGAACUUAGGAGCAAAGUACAGAUUGUGUCUUUUACAGAUUUGAUACACUUAGCCAGUCAGUUGAACUUGUUUAGAGGUGAUGCAGACUUUGACAAAGCGGUGGCAUUUUUGAGUAGAAAGGGUGUGGUGCUUCAUCGACCUGUUGUCUUAUUUGAUACGCAUCAGAAGUCAUUAGUCAUUGAUCCACAAUGGAUGACUGAACAGUUUUGCAAAGUACUGACAAUACAUUGGAAAAAUGACAUUAAUUGUAGGUUUUGGCCUGAUUUGGCUGAUUUGCAGCAGAAAGGCAUUCUUACACUUUCUUUUGCAUUGUAUCUACUCGAAGGCUCAGAAGAAAUGAACCAGAAAAUACUAAAGUUGAUGGAAUCAUAUGAUCUUAUAUGUCCUUUUAUGUUGCCAGCACAGAGAACAUCUGGUGGCAAUGCAUCUCGGCAGCCCAUGUCUUCUAGUGUUGACAGUUUGCCUGUUCCAGGUCUAAAGGCGUUUUUUGUACCUUCUCUGCUGUGUCCAAGUAAACAGUUGCUUGAGAAGGAUUAUUUGCAGGUAGGAGAGAAGGUUACUCACCUCUGGUUUCGUCUUCCGAAAUGUCGAAUUCCUGAACAACUUGCUACUCGCUUGUUGGCUCAUCUAGUGAAUAAGUAUAGGUAUUUGCCACAGCUAUUUUAUCGAGCAGGUGUGUUCAAUGUUGUUGACGGUCACAGACUUCAUUUGGUUCUAAAAAAUGGAUAUUUGCAAUUGUCAAUGUACAUAGUUGAUGACAAGUUUGACAGUCACUCUGCCAGUUACUGUGAGAAAGCUCGAAAUAUUGUCCAAUCCAAGGUGGCAAACACGUUGAGGACGGAUUUUCCUGGUCUAGAUAAGCUACAGAGAGGAUUUCUCAAUGAAGACCAGAAUUUUUCUGUCUUUUAUAAAGUCAAGAAGAAACGUUCAGGUGUAUUUCAGUUGAAAAGUGAUGAUGGGAAAGUGAUGGCCACACCGGAACUAUUUCAUUUAUGGUUUAAAGACAAAAAGCAGGAAGCGGAUGUUACAGGAGACUCUGAUCAGUUUGAAGCUAGUUUGAGAGAUGAUAAAGUUGGUCAUGAUUGUUUUCAGAGUACAGACAGCUCUAAGCCUAAUUAUCUAUCAGUUAAAGACAGUGUGCAGCAUCUUCUAACCCAAGAUCGACUUAAGCCUUUGUUGACGGCUGUUGCAGUACUCCUGGAUGACGAGGAACCUUGGCCUGAGAAACCUUGGCCUGAGAAACCUUGGCCUGAGAAACCUUGGCCUGAGAAACCUUGGCCUGACCAACCACUUUGUGGGAGUGCAUCAGCUGGCAGUGCUGUUGGACAACGAAAGGGGAACUGGAGGGGAUUGUGGGAAUGCCUGGUUGGAGAAUCUCCUCCACCCAUACCUUGUGACAGUCCUUUCAUUUGCCUUCUAAAGAAGUGGUCUGAAGAAUAUGGAGACAAAGCCAUCAUUGGCAGUUUAAUUGAGGGUCUUAGUGCAAUACGAAGAUUUGAUAUUGCAAAUUUGUUGUUGUUGAAUCUUGGUCGAGGCAACGAAUGUUAUGAUGAAAUAAAAGCUUCUGGAAACUUUGAAGUGUCAGGACACAAUGUUGCUGCUGGCUUUAUGCCUUCAAUAACUGUUAAUAAUAAUUAUUAUUGUUAGAUAGUACUACAAUGAGAAAGCCCGAUAAAUGAUGUUCUAGUCUUUAUGUUAUUAAUUGUUUUGCUUUUUCUUUUAAUGGUGAACUUCAGUUUUAGAUUUUUGUUUUAAUUGGCUUGUUGUAAGUAAUCUAUUAGUUUUCCACGUGUUUUUUGCUUGUACACUGUAUUAGUAACUAUAUAUCAUUCUUAAAAUCCUGGAAUGAAUGCAGAGCUCAAAA